AUUUAAUACUUGCUAAUAACCGUAACGUACCGUAUCGGAUAUAGUCACGGAGAGGAACUGAAUGUAUACAAACCAUAGUUAAUAUGUCAACGGAUGCAGUUGGUGGUACUUUAGACAACGAUGGGUGGAAAAAUAUGUGGGAUAAAGGUGAAACGGACUUCCAUCAAAGUACAUUUGAUCGAUUUCUUGACUUGAGGAAAGCCGAAUUACUAGGAGAAAAUCGUUCUGUAUUUUUGCCGCUGUGUGGGAAAACAUUGGAUAUUAUAUGGUUUUAUAAUCAUGGUUUUAAAGUCAGUGGAGUUGAGAUUGCCGAACUUGCUGUCCAACAAUUCUUCUCCGAAAACAACAUUGAAUGUAAAGUAGAAUCUCUUCAAACGGUGCCGGGAAAGCUUUAUAAGAGUAUAGAUAACAAAAUACAACUAUAUGUGGCAGACAUGUUUGAGAUGACCCCAGAACUUUGUGGACAGUUUGACAUAAUAUGGGAUUCUAAGGCGUUUGUAGCGAUUAACAGAUCUGAUCGUCAAAAAUAUAUCAACACUCUUGUGUCUCUGAUGAAGAAGGAAGGGAGAUAUUACCUGGCAUCAAUAGAUUAUGAUCCGGCAGUUUGGCCAGGUCCUCCUCAUUCGUGUCCAGAUAAAGUUAUAGUAUCUAAUUACAGUGGUCGAUUCAAUAUUGAAAUAUUAAAGGAUGCUGACGAAGUAAUGAAACAGAAGCCAGAAACAAGGGAGGAAACUCCUGUACAGAAACAUGAAUAUGACACUAUACAAUCAGCAUUUCAAGCAUCUUCAUAUUUACUCUUUCGUUGGUAUAAAAUGACCUUGAAAUAAAACUUUAUGUUAAUUGAUAUUUUAUACUAGGUAUAUAUUUGUUUACCAUGUGUUAAACAUUUAAUAACGUGCAUUUAUAUCUAGUGAAGACCCAUUGAAACCAAUUAAUUGGUUUUUUUGUAUCAAUCUACAGGAAUAAAUAUAUCUGAACAUUUACAA